CACAUUUUCAACGUAUUGCGGGAUAAGGCGAGUAUUAUGAAUGAGGGCUACCCUCAUUAGACUCACCAGCUGCAGCAGUUUCCCUUGCGCGCUGCGACCACACACUUUUCCGCCGCCGCCUCUAUCAUCGGCACAUCCACCGCCUUCUCGCCUCUUCGCCGCCGCCAGGACUCUCCGAAACAUCGCCGUCAUGGGUUCUCAGCCGACUGAGACCGAGUGGCCGGCCUCCCGAGUUAGAGAAACCUUCAUCAAAUUCUUCGAGGGGAAAUCCCACGUUAAUUUCAGAUCGAGCCCCGUUGUUCCCCAUAAUGAUCCAACUCUUCUAUUUGCUAAUGCUGGUAUGAAUCAGUUCAAACCAAUCUUUUUGGGAACUGCCGACCCAAACACCGAGUUGAGCAAACUCAGGCGUGCUUGCAAUACUCAAAAGUGUAUUCGUGCGGGUGGCAAACACAAUGAUCUUGAUGAUGUGUAUGGAUUGCCUGAUGAUCGAAUUUACGCCACCUAUUUUGGUGGUGAUGAGAAACUUGGUCUUCCUGCUGAUAAUGAAGCAAAGGAUCAUUGGCUCAGAUUUCUACCUCCCAGCCGUGUUUUGCCUUUUGGCUGUAAGGACAAUUUUUGGGAGAUGGGGGAUACUGGACCUUGUGGACCGUGCACUGAAAUUCAUUUUGAUCGGAUUGGUGGCCGUGAUGCGGCCUCUUUUGUGAACAAUGAUGAUCCUACAGUGAUUGAGAUAUGGAAUCUUGUCUUUAUCCAGUUUAACAGGGAAGCUGAUGGUUCAUUGAAAUCUCUACCUGCAAAACAUGUUGAUACCGGGAUGGGUUUUGAGAGAUUAACUUCUAUUCUUCAAAAUAAGAUGAGCAACUAUGACACUGAUAUAUUUUUUCCCAUCUUCGAUGCGAUACAACAGGCAACCGGAGCCCACCCUUAUUCUGGAAAAGUUGGGUCCGAUGAUGUGGACAAUGUUGACAUGGCUUACAGGGUCGUGGCUGACCAUAUUAGAACAAUUUCAUUUGCCAUUGCUGAUGGAUCUCGACCAGGUAAUGAGGGGCGUGAGUAUGUGUUAAGGCGCAUCCUUCGCCGGGCUGUGAGAUAUGGUACCGAAGUUCUAAAAGCACAACAAGGCUUCUUCCAUGGGUUGGUACAAGUUGUGCUGGAGGUCAUGGGUGAUGUCUUCCCUGAGCUAAAAGAACAUGCAUUGAAGAUUCGAGAGAUUAUUGCUGAUGAAGAGACCAGCUUUGGCAGGACAUUGACAAAAGGAUAUGAGCAAGCUCUGGAAGCCGAUGGGGUGAUGGUCGGAGCUUUGGAGGCCGGUGCGGCGAGAGCGGCGCACCGAUUUCUUAUUUCUUUCGGAGCUUCGGAGGCCGGUGUGGCAAGCGGGUGCAUCAGUGGAGAGAUGAGCAAGCGCAUGAGCAAGGAAAGUGAACGGGGAGUGGGAAGUGGGAUAGGCAUGCACCGCUCCGCACCGAACGCAUCGCAUGCUGUGGCGGCCUGUGGCACCGCCAUCACUGCCAUCCUUUUCUCAAAUUUAGCAUGUUGGUUUGUAAAAAUCAUCCAUGCCAUACCCGCUAUGGCGCUGCCAUUGGCUCCAUUUGGUAACACUGGUGCCAAUUAUCUCAUACUAGUCGGUGUAAAGAAAAAUCCAUCCGAGUUAGAUGCAAGAAAAGAAAGUCGUAUGAGUGGAAUUGAGAAAUUUAAGAAAGCUGCUCAAGAAGUUCAGGGGAGAGAUGCGUUUGACCUAUGGGAUACCUAUGGGUUUCCGUUGGAUCUAACUCAGCUGAUGGCGGACGAAAGAGGAUUGACCGUUGAUGUUGAAGGGUUCAAUAUUGCUAUGGAUAAAGCCAGGGAAAGAUCCAGGAAAGCGCAGAAUAAGGUGAUGAGUUAUCUAACUGCAGAUAUUAGUAGACAAUCUGCAACUUUCAAAAAUCUUAUCGCUCUUAAUCAAGCCGGUGGUACAAUUGGCAUGGAUGCUGAUGCUACAGCUUCAUUGCACAAGAGAGGAGUUGCUGUGACAGAUGACUCUGUCAAAUAUACUUGGUUUCAGGAUCAUGCGAGUGUAAUAAAAGCUGUUUACACUGGAAGUGAAUUCCUGGAAAGUGCCGGUCCUGGUGAAGAAGUUGGCAUAAUCCUUGAAACUACUAGCUUUUAUGCUGAGCAAGGUGCCCUGCCGCCAUAUUAUGGCGGCUUUGCAAUGGCGGUUGCGAAGUCCAUGGCGUCCACAGAGAUAUUCGAUACUGGGAUAAUUGAAGGAUCUGAUGGCAUUUUUGAAGUUAGUAAUGUUCAGAUCUAUGGUGGAUUUGUUCUUCAUAUUGGCUCUUUUAGUGGAAAGACUGGCAGAUUGUACAUUGGUGAUAAAGUAGUGUGUAAGGUUAACUAUGAUAGAAGGAUGCUGAUUGCUCCAAAUCACACCUGUACACACAUACUAAACUAUGCUCUAAGAGAAGUGCUUGGUAAUCAUGUUGACCAGAAGGGCUCCAUUGUUCUUCCUGAAAAAUUGAGAUUUGACUUUUCUCAUGGAAAGCCUGUGAAGCCAGAGGAGCUGAAAAAAAUCGAGUUAAUUGUAAAUGAACAAAUUGAGUCUAAAUUGAAUGUGUACUCAAAGGAGACCAAGCUGGAAGAUGCAAAACGUAUAAAUGGACUAAGGGCCGUUUUUGGAGAGGUAUAUCCUGACCCUGUUCGUGUUGUCGCUAUCGGACGCAAAGUGGAGGAUCUUCUUGCAAAUCCUGAUAAUGAAGAGUGGUUAUCAAUCUCUGCUGAGCUGUGCGGGGGGACACAUAUAUCAAAUACUAUGGACGCCAAAGGCUUUGUGCUUUUAUCAGAAGAAGGGAUUGCUAAAGGAAUCCGUAGAGUUACAGGUGUGACAAUGGAUUGUGCUUUUAAAGCCUUGGAAUUGGCUUUCGCAAUUGAGCAAGAAGUAGAUGAAGCAUCCAGAGCUGAAGGGAGCCUUCUGGAGCAGAAAGUAGCUUCACUAAAUAAUCGUGUGGAAGGAGCAUCCAUACCUGCCUCAAAGAAAGCUGAUCUCAAGGCCAAAAUAUCAGUCCUACAGAGUCAAGUGAUAAAAGCCAAAAAGAAGAUGGCUGAAGAGCAUAUGCGGAAAGCCAUUGAAGUAGCCGUCCAAACAGCUGAAACUGCUUCAUCGAGUGGAAAAGCUUACUGCAUUUCCCUUGUUGAUGUUGGUUCAGAUACUGCUGCCAUUCGAGAGGCAGUUGUCAAAGUCAUGGAGCAGAAGGGGUUGGCAAUGAUGGUCAUUAGCAGGGAUGAGAAGGCGAAUAAGGCCUUUGUGUGCGCUGGUGUUCCUGAGCAAGAUGUCAAGUACAAGCAACUGAAGGUGACAGAAUGGUUGAAAAAUGUGUUGGAUUUUAUCAAUGGAAAGGGUGGUGGAGGCAAAGGUGGUCUUGCUCAAGGCCAGGGAAGUGACAUUGCCCAAGUUAAAGCUGCUAUGGAUGCUGCAGAAUCAUUUGCUGCGAUGAAGCUGCAUUGAUACUCAUCACAAACGAUAAACUACUCAGAAACCUCUAGUUAUAGCUUUAGACUACAAUGUUUUGAACACUCGUCAUAUAUUCCCGGAGCUGGGACUUCGAUCAUGACUGGGUCUUGUGUUGCUUAGAGCAUGUUUGGACAAGAUUUCUAAAAAAAAUAUAUAUAUUUUUUUU